UUUCAUAAGUUGAAAUAUUUUGCUAGUCUUUUUCCACUUGUUAAAAUACUUUUGACUGCCAAUUUGAAACGUUAUAAAAGCGUAUUAAAACUUCGGUCAUUUUCUUCCAUUUUUAUGAAGUUUUUUUUUUUUUUUUAUUUUUCAUCACAUCGUGAGUUGUAAAGACUGAAACUGUGUAACUAAUAUGUCAGCUGAAGAACAGGAACAAAAUGAACAGAAUGCUUCUACGCCUGUGGAAGAAAUACCACCAGAAUUGAUGGUGAAACAUCCACUGCAGCAUAUGUGGAGUUUAUGGUUUUAUAAAAAUGAUAGAACUAAAUCAUGGGAAGAAAAUUUAAUGGAAAUUACAACAUUUGAUACAGUUGAAGAUUUUUGGGCCCUUUAUAACCACAUAGAAGUAGUUAGCAAAUUACCCAUGGGAUGUGAUUAUGCACUUUUUAAGCAUGGUAUUAAACCCAUGUGGGAAGACAGCAGAAAUAAACAAGGUGGUCGAUGGCUAGUAAAUGUACAAAAGUCACAAAGGAACACAGAUUUAAAUAAUUAUUGGCUUGAAAUACUUUUAUGUAUGAUUGGUGAAGCCUUUGAAGAGUAUAGUGAUGAUAUUUGUGGAGCUGUUGUACAGAUUAGGAAUAAAGGUGAUAAACUUGGGCUGUGGACUGCUGACGUCAAACAUCAUGAUGCUAUUAUGAAAAUAGGACGAACUAUUAAAGAAAGAUUAAAUCUUCAUCCAAGAAAUGCCAUAGGUUAUGAAGCACAUUCAGACACUCAGAUAAAAACAGGCUCAGCUGCAAAAUGCAGAUAUACACUUUAAAUUAAUGUUAUUUAGCUUGAUAUACUGAAAAUGUUUGUUGUAAAGGUGGUUUGUUUCAUAUUUUUGUGAAAGAACUGUUUAAAAAUAUUUAUCACUUCAUCAUAUAGAUGUUUUUCUUCCAGGGAAGGGGCGACUUAUUUAUGUAACUUUGAGGAUAUGAUUUCAUAUUGUAUCUACGUUUAAAUUCUGAAAAAGUUUGAAUGCUUGUGUGUCUUUUCUUUAUACUGAGUAUCCUGAUUUGUAUGCACACUUCUGAAAACUGUGCAUCUGUUGAAUAUUGUACUUUAUGUAGCUAGUUUAUUUUAAUUAUAUUUUUAUUGUGGAAAUGAAUUAAUAUAUAUAUGUAACUUCCCUUUUGAAAGCAUACGUUUAUAUAGCUUUGUAUUAGACUGAAAUAAAUCAUCUUUGCAACCA